AUGCCUCUGAAAAAGUACCACCUCACAGCUUCAGAUUUGUCACUCUCUAACCUCUGCUCUCCAUCAGCCACUAAAACACUUAACCGCGGUAUUGCUGAGUUCAUCGUGAUGGCCGCAGCCGCAGAGCCCCUGGAGAUCAUCCUCCACCUGCCACUGCUCUGCGAGGACAAGAACGUGCCCUAUGUGUUUGUGCGCUCCAAGCAGGCCCUGGGACGCGCCUGCGGGGUCUCACGCCCAGUCAUUGCCACUUCGGUCACCAUCAAGGAGGGCUCGCAGCUCAAGCCCCAGAUCCAGUCUACCCAGAUGGCCAUUGAGAGACUGCUGGUGUGAGCAGAGAGCUCAGGAUGGGGGUUGUAGGGUUAAUAAUGGGACACCACCUGCUUUGGUCAUAUUCAGAUUUUUGUAAAUGGAACGGACUAUGAUUUAAUGUUGUCCUGCCAGACUUAUGUACAGAAGAUUCUAUUUUGAAAUGUUGGGACAGAAUAGGUAUAUCUGAAGCGUUGGAACAAAAAUGGUUUAACUUGUUUUUAACAUUACUAUGUUGUAAAUGUGGCAAUUAUAUAGAGUAUAUGGGACAAACAAAGCAUAGUAGAAUCAUGGCAAUUAAACUUAGCUUUCCGUAUGUUGACCUUUUUCCUUCAUUUGGUGCAGUUAAAGGUGGACAUGUUCAUUCCAGUAUUUGUAGUGUUUCA